UUCAAAACGUUAUUUGUUUGUAUACAAAUUUAGAACUAAUAGGUAGAAGUAAGAACAUAACGUAAUUCGUAGCAUAGUAGUACAAAAUAUAAAAUACUAUUUGCGUUUUCAUAUAAUUUACUUCCAAAUUAAAAUGUUUAAGAUUUUAAAAUAAUGCAAAAGAAUCUACUUCGACAAGUAAGACAUUUUAAUGAUUAUAUCACAAUGAAUAUUUUCACAAUGUUGUACUUAUUGCCUUAUGUGUUACUUUUGCCGCAAAUAGCGACUACGGCUGCUGUGAUCGGCCAAGGGACAGAAAACGACGUUCAAAAUCUGUUGCUGGAAAAUGAUUCAAAAACCAAUGAAAACGAUGGAUCCACAGCAGUUAUUGAUCAAAAAAGUGCAAGUAAAAAUGAAACACCACCAAAAACAUUGAGUACAGUUUUCAAAAUAAUCUCAAGAGGAAACGAACUUAAAAAUCAAUAUGGUUUCAUAAUACCGAAAUUGGCAUCUAUGAUGCUAAAAGGUUUGUCAAUGAAUCCAUUCAGACUUAUGAGCUUUUUGCCGUAUAUCAUGCUGGCAUUACAAAAGGCAAACGCACCUCCAGCGGUUAAACAAAGCAGCACUCAGAUACUUGAACUCAGCAACACAAAUCUCGCAUCGGUACUCGAAUAUCCUGAACUGUUCAGGAAAAUUUUUUCGAAAGAAGGCAGCAGUAAAUUGGCAGUUGAUUCGUUAAAAAUGUUAGCAGGUCAAGAACCUAGUGCUGACAUAGAUAAACUGAUAAACGAAAUAGAAAACCACGCAACCGAUAUAAAAGACGGCAAGAUUGGGAUUAAAGGUCAACAACUUGUUGAUUUUCUUGAAAAUUCUGAAACUUUCAAAAAGUUAUUCCAAACGGACCAACUUACAAUCAAAAGUCUGAACUACAUGAACGCUUAUAUGAAUUCUUAUUUAAGCACAGACGUUAAAAAUAUAAAAGAUGAAGUGUUGACCGAAAUGCAAGACAUAAAAAAUACUCGUCAAAAAAAUCAAAAUAUGAGUAAUAACUCUGUCAAAGAAAUGGUACGAGGGACAUUUUCAGACGGUGUAACAGCUUUUUUCAAAGUUGGGCAGAAAAAAAUGAAUGAAAAGUUACAAAGUUUAAGUUCAGACGCUGACAAAAAUGUUGCUGAUUGGAAAAAAAAUUCCGGUAUGCCAAUAAGUUUAUCAAUGGACGCUUUAAAAUUCAUGUGUUUACUAACUUAUGUUAUGCUUAUUGUGAAAAAAGAAAAUAUGAUUCCAGAGAUAGGAAAAGACAACGGCUCUAUAUCAGGGUUAAAUACCGAAAGAAUAAUUGAUAUGCUCAAUAAUAACGAAAUGAUGGCGAAAAUAUUUCCACUUGAUAAUCAUUCAAAUGUCAGAGUAGAAAUGUUAAAGUUCUUAGGUGGUCCAGAAGUCAAUGUAAUAGAUAAUCUUGUCGCUGAACUGCAAAAAAUUAAAAACGCAAAGGGUAGUGAUCCUGCCCAAAACAAAUUAACUAUAUUUGAUGUUAUACAAAACAUCGAGUUAUUUAAAAAGUUAUUUGCAAUGAAAGAGUAUGCAGAUGUGAAAAUUAAAAGUUACUUGGGCGUAGACUUCAGUCAACUUAAAAACGAGAUCGUAGAUGAAAUGAAUAAAAAUAAUGAUCAAGAAACUAGUGUUUUAAGUUCUGUCGUUCCCAAGUCAGUAGCCAACGCGUUAAUGGCUGUAUAUACGGUUGGCGUAAGAAAAGCAAACGAUCAAAUGGAAAGUGUCAACGUAGAUAUCCAAAAGGAAGCCGAUCGAAUGACGAAAACUCCUGGCUCGUCCGAAACCGAUGGUACUACAGCGGGAUUAUUCCGAAAAGCCAUAAAUAUGGCACCCAAAUCAGUUCUGUACGGUCUAGCAGGAGGGAAGGUGGCGGCUAACAGAUUCAGUAGUUUCUUUAAGAAGACAAACAGUGGUGCGCCUACUAACAACGAAGUGGCUGUUACAUCAAACAAUUGAAAAUGUCAUAGAAAUGGAUUUUUAAAAGAGUUUUUAAGUUCGUCAUUUAUUCAGAUAAAAUUAGUGACAUUUUUCUUAUUAAAUGAAAAACAUCAACAUUCAACUUAAUUUUUAUUAAUUCAUCAAUUUUCAUCAACAAUUUUUUUUAAGUU